AGCGAUGACACGCCGCGGAUACGCCUGUAUGAUUCAGAAUUUGUGGUAAGUUUAACUUGCGCUUUAAGCCGCGCUAAGUUAUUCUGCGUGCGUGCUGCUCGCCCCUGCAGUCUCUCUAACGGUCCGUACGGCGAUAUGUAUGGAGAAUGAGUCUAAGCGCAGCACCUGAGAACAGGAAUCCGCCAGUCUGACUUCCCCAAAUGCACUAUGUGUACGAUAAUUCGCGAUGUGGCUGCUUACAUAACGGCGUGGAUGGGGGGUUGGAGGUCAUGAAGGUAAUCAGUACCUGUGGGUUUGAAUUCGGGAGCCGUUACCGCAGAAGGAGCCCGCGCUUCCCAUCAAUAAUUAAUCUAUUUGCGAAGCAGCGGGAAAGGGGGAGAGAGUGCGCGGAUCCCGCGAUCCUCGUUUUGAACGGCAAUCGCCCGCGAAUCAUGUCAGUAACGGACAGCUCUCCGAGCAGGGCUGACGAGGAGGACAAGGGAGGAUGAAGGAGCGAGGGGGGACGGGAGAGGUAGAGGAGGAAUAUAAUGAAGUUGAGCGGGAAAGGACUGUGUGCCAUCGUCUCCAGCUGCCUGCUCUUCGUGUGUGCCGUGAGCGCCGUGGCUGUCGGAUUCAAAUGCAUUUCGCUGGGCUCCGAAGUGAAAGUGCAUUUUCACCUGGGAACGGCAGCCGGGGCUUUUUAUUCAGGGCUCCUGGUCGGUCUAGGGCAGGUACUGCUCGGAUUCUCCCUGCUCUGCUGCGAGGGGAGACCCGGCAGGCGGAAUUUCUUCCUGCUGGGAAUCUUAGUGUUCAUGUUGGGAAUUCUCACCGCUUUCUCUGGCGCCGUGGUGGACGGGGACACCGUGUCGCUGGUGGAACGGAAGUACACCCACUACUGCCUGGACUCUGUGGAUUUAGAGCCCAUCUGCGAACGGCUGAAGCUCUAUCAGCGGAGUCUGAUCAUAUCCACGAUCCUCAACACUCUGGAAUGCCUAAUUGGGCUUAUUAACUUAGUGAUCAUCAAGAGGUAUAAAACGGCGCAGUUCUAUCGGAGGAGGCUGUCUCAGAGGCAAAGCGUGGGGGCUAUUCUUUUCAACGAGGAGCAAGACUUUACCGCGUCGGAAUUCCAGCCGGUUUCGUACAUUAACUUGGGGGUAUUUCAUGUGUUCGACGAGGCAGGAGGGGAAGUACAAUGCGGGGGUCAUCCCUCGAUCGAACUACCGGGCUAUUCACCCACUGAUCCCGAACUAAACCAUUCCUACCCCUUUUCGUACCCUCUCCCGAAUGAGCUGCCACCCGCGUACGAGGACAUUUUCCCCGGAGAAGCGAGCAACAAAUAGCUUCUCCUCCUCCAAAGUUGCGACCGGCGCUAUGAAAUCUGCAGUGACAAUCACGGGAUGUACUCUAAAUUUAGUCAUGUUUAGCGUUCAGUCAUAUUCGGACAAAUGUUUUACGGUUCUUAUCCAUCUUCUAAGAACGACCGUUUUUACAGAGCCUAUAGCGACAGAGUGUACACACACUUAUUUAUCUUUUGGUAUAUAGGCUAGUCUCGGUUCUAUAUACUCGAAAAUACGCUUAUAGUACAGUCUUCUGUUAUUGAACGGUCCUCAUGUUGAAGAACGCAAGAUCUAAAAAGUAAAUAUGAAAGAUCAUGCGCUGCGUUAGCGGUGGUACGAAACAUGCCAUAUACAUUUGUAGACGCUGUUAUGUUAUUGGACAGUCACAUAUAUCCUUAUAUAGAGCCUAUUGGUACAUGAGCACGUCACCUAAAAAUAUAUUUAUUAUUAAAUAACUAAAUACGAGGGAUAAAUGACAAAAUAACAAUUCGUCUAUAAUCCUUAAAAUUGUCACUGAAGGGACCUCUAUAUUAAAAUAUAGGAUCAUGAAGAUGCUACUAACAUAACAAUGACUUUUAAAACAAAAACAACACGAAUAAAAUCCAAAGACAUAUGAGGCAUUUUCGUAGUUUAAUUAAAUUGCCAGUUUGAAGUAAGGUGGCUUAUAGGUAUUUGCGACAGAAAAUAUUUCAUUCAACAUUACGCAAAGCACAAAAUACAGCAUAUAUUAACGAAGAAAAAACAUUUAGUGGAAUAUAAACAUUUAUCAUAUUUUAUGCGAUCAGACAAACUCGCCCAUAUCAUAUGUAUAAUUAUUUUUGAGAAUAUUUUAAAAUGUUACCUUAUGAUUGCAGCUGUCAAGAAAUCAGCAUUAGCCGUUUGCAAAGUCUGAAAACAGUCAACUCUUCAAACGGAUAAAUCCUGGCUUUCCCCCACAUGUGGUAUAAUUUCCUCGUAGAUUGUGUUUUCCUGUAUACGCGCAGAGGUGUUGCUGUGGUAUUCGGAGAUGAUUUUCAGGAAACAGCUAAAAGAGGAGGCGACAGCAGUGCGACAGUUUGUGCGCUCUCAAAUGUAUAUAAGUAUUUUCAACUAUGUGCAACGGAAGCUGAAAUAAGGUUUACUGAAAAACAUAUGACGUUUAACAUUUAUAAACGAAUGUAUUUGCACUUUACUUUUUAAAUUUCCUCUUUGUUUGCAAAGGUAGCAAUUGUAACAUAACUUUGAAUAAAAUGUGCCUGCACUCACCGAAUUGACGGCGAGCUACUUAGCCUA